AUAUUGAUGACGAAAAAGCAGCCAAAAGGAAGGAUAAUCUACAUAAGCCUGAACUUCAGUUUCAUGCAACAACGGAAUUUAAAGUCGAUGCUGCAAGAGAAAUGAGCGAUGCUGACUACAACUGGAGGAACCUUACUCCAGCCGAGAUCAGUCGCUUGUCAGUCCUCGGUCGGCGAAUGUUCUUGAAUGAAAAAAUUGGCUUCGAACAACAUAGAAAUUUCACGAUCCACCUCUGGAACUAUGAUAAGUUCGCUUGGGAACUUGGACCACGAUUUUUUAAGAUUGGAUCUCCAAUAAAAUUCGAUCCUUUUGAAAGUUGUUCUGUAAGUAACUGCCGAGUUACAACAAAAAAUAAGGAUAUUAUGGAUGCCGACGCUGUACUAUUCCAUUUACACCUUAUAGCUGGUCCCCCAGCAGAAGUUCGUAGAGCACCUGGACAACUCUGGGUGUGGUUUGGUGAUGAGAGUCCCUACAACGUUUUAAUUUCGACGAAUGACCGCAACCUCAUCCAUUAUAGCGGGUUUUUCAACUGGUCAAUGACAUACCGAAUGGACUCAAAUGUACCUGUGCCGUACGGUCGAGCUGUUCCUCUGCCAAAGGAUCAGUAUUUAGAUGAAAUAGAGGAUUAUCAUAAAUUAAAGAAGAAAAAUAUCGCCUUGAUGGGCUGGAACUGCGGUGGCUUGAAUGGACGGUACAAGUAUUUAGCCGAGAUGCAGAAAUACAUCGAGAUUGACGUGUACGGCAGGUGUGGAACGCUCAAGUGCGAGGGCCAUUACUACGAGAACUGUAACAAGUUGGACGAUUAUAAGUUCUACUUGGCAUUUGAAAGCUUAAACUGCGACGAAUACGUAACAGAGAAGGCCUGGUGGAACGCAUUGAACAAAUCUGCUGUACCUGUGGUGAUGGGGGCGCCUAAGCACAGUUAUCAGAAGCUCCUGCCCCCGAACUCUUUUAUUCACAUCGAUGACUUCAAGGGCCCUGAAGAACUGACGCAAUAUAUCAAGUACCUCCUAGACCAUCCUGCAGAGUAUAACAAGUACCACGAUUGGAGGAAACGGUACCGCGUAUUCAACGAGCAUGGCUACUCGGGGGCGCCGACGCGCCAGCUGUGCAGGCUCUGUGAGGCUCUCAACUACAACAACAAGACCAACCAACGAGCAGACUUGGAGAAUUAUUUCGACCACAAACGGCAGUGUCACGAUACUUAGAAGAACGAAAAUUCGUACAAUCUGCGCAAUUUCCAUGUUGCGUUAUUUAUAGUGGAUGCGGAUGACACUGGUCAUCCUGCGAUAGUCCAGUGUUAUUCGCAGGUGAUAGCCGUGCGACAGGUGGCUUGGUGGUUGGAGAGUGUCACUCUUCCUCUGUGACACAUUUAGGUUGGGAUUGUUCAGUUGAACGAGUAUCCUAAAUCAAGACCAGUUUUGUUUUCGCUUAACACGCAUAUAUAUGUGUUACGCUUGCAAAGUUUUAUGUUUAGAUAUUCAUUUUUAAUUUACAUUACAUGAAGAUUGAGAAAUGCAGCUAUUCCCAUGACAAUAUCGGUUCCUAUGUAGUCGUCGUCUUUUUUCCUGAGGCCUGGACCUCUCGAUUAUAGGCUCCACCGCUUGUCUUCACUCACCAUAGAUCUAAGUCUGGGAGUGAACUGCUCGAAGAACUAUCAACUUUUUGCUUUAUUGCCUUUGAAUGACCUCAUCUCAAUGAUUAGUGCGUGACAGCAUAUAUUAAUGUAUUAAUGACCAAUGCUAAAAUUGAGUGAGAA